UCAGAAGCUAAAUAAAACAAUUAGCUCUUAAUAACAAUAAACAACAUUGUUUUCGUUAAAAAAAUAAUGAAGAGUUUCCUUUCCUACUUAUUGCUAUGAAUGUAUGUUUCCGUAAAAUAGAACAUUUGAAAAUGAAUCUUUAUAUUGUGCUAUUUCUAUUGUUCAAUUCAAGAUUUUCAUUUGUUGAAUCAUUUUUAGAUGUUUUACAAUGUGUUAUGUGCUCUGCUAAGACAGAGGAAUUAUCAAAAAUGUACCGAAAGUGUCAUCUUAAACUUCCGAAGCAGAUAAUAAGAAGCGGUGAACAAUGUGCUACAAAAAUUACGCAAUAUUCGCGUGCAGAGAAACAAUGGAGCGUCCUGUGCACAUCACGUAAAGCACUGUAUGAGGUAUACAUUUGCACUCAAGUAAAGACAAAAGAACUUGCAUCAAAGAUGGGCCUCCUCAACUAUCUUGUUUGCAUUGGCGAAAUUGAAGAUAAAUAUUGUAGAUAAAUUCCUAUAUUGAAAAAGAGUGACUCAUACUUUUUCAUAGAACAGUAUGAGAAUAUUAAAUACCAAUAAAAUAUUUCGG